GGCAACUUCAAUUGCACCUUAGCUACAUUCUGCAAUUUGCGAUAAGACAGCAGGCGCUAGCCCUUGUUACAGCCCACUCCUGCUUUCCUAUGAGUACGAAGGAGGAGAAACCCACACUCGCUGGCGUUAACGUCAAGACCCGCAAGCGGAACAUCGUUAUCCCUGAGGAUCCGGGCUCUUUUGCCGAUGCUGUAGUAACGCUUUGCCAGGAUGCGGCAGAUGGCGUCAGCCUAGAAGCGGAUCUUGAGGCGGCCGCUAAGGCCCUUGAUGGAGCCGAGCUCGAGUAUUCGCGCUAUGGCGAUAUCUUGUUCCAAGUAUUCUUUGCUGGCGGUCGCCUGGGGACAGGCGCGCAGCUGGCGGCGGAGGACAAGAUGCGACUGAGCACCAAUAUUUUGGCCUGUGAGGCCAACCGGGAUUCCAUCAGCCCGUACUUCAAGCUGUUCCAAACGCUGACACGCCGCCGGCCCUUCCUGAUCCGCGGCCUGGAGAACACGCUGGUUAAGCUGAUGCUGUCGCUCGAGUUCUUCGAUGAGGUCGGCCGCAAGAAGCUGGGCAUUGCCCUGGCCCUGACGUUCAGCUGGAAGAUCGGCGUGGUUCCCUCCAACAUCUUCGCGGCGCUGCUGAACGACCGGCUGGUGGCCAAGGGGACGGUGCUGGAGGUCCUGACGGUGUUCUUCCAGGAGUUCCUGGCCAAGGACAGCCUGGAGGACCUGGUGUCCAUGCUGGUCAAGGCCAACAUCGCCAACCGGCUGGUGGACUUCGCGCCGCCCACCAAGAGGGUGCCCGCGGAGUUCCACCAGCUGCUGCGGAACGCGGGUCUGGGCGCGCUCGCCGACUGGGACGUGCAGCGCGAGACCGACGUGCGCGUGAACGAGCUGCAGGAGGCGCUCACGGAAGCCAUCACCGCCGACCCGCCGCUGUCGGUGGGCGAGGUGCUGUCCAUCGCCAAGGCCAAGAAGGGCGAGAGCAACCUGCCGGACACGGAGGUGCUGCGCGUGAGCUGGCUGGCGCUCAUGAAGGCCAUCAACCUGACGGGCAAGAACCAGCAGCAGAUCACGCAGGCGCUGCUGCAGAAGCUCAAGACGUACGGCAAGCUGUUUGCGGCGUUUGCGAGCAACGGCAAGGCGGAGCUGGCGCUGCUGAACACCAUCCAGGUGUUUUGCUACGAGGACACGCGCAUGCUCAAGUGCUUCACCGACAUUGUGAAGCUGCUGUACAACGCUGAGAUCGUGGGCGAGGACACCAUCCAGCACUGGUUCAAGAAGGGCAGCCACCCCAAGGGCCGCGCCGUGUUCGUCAAGGACAUCGAACCCUUCAUCAAGUGGCUGGAGGAGGCAGAGGAGGAGGACGACUAGAGGGGGGCGAGAGGGAAGAAGGGGCUCUCCUCUCUUGGCGAGGAGGAGCAGGAUUUCGGAUAUGUGCACAAGACACAACCGGACGGUUGAGAAGUGCUUGUGUAGGGGAGCGUGUUGUGCACAGCUCUUCUGGCUGAUGGUGGUACAGCAGCCGUAGGGGAUUAGUAGAGGAGGUACAUGGCGUCGGGUAGUGGCAUGCGCAGCAAAGUUGGUGGCGGCUUGGCGGUUUGCAGGCUUCCUAUGUUGACGCACCUGGUGGUCGUCCGUGACGGCUUCUAGGCUGUCACUUGAUGUGGUGGGGAGUAGAGUUGGGAGACGGCUCAUUAUAGUGGAUGUAGUAGGGGAGCUGGAACUGGAAGUAACUGGGAUUGGGGAUCGAAGGGUAAGGUAUUAGUGGGUAGUAGCGAGGAAUUCGGGAUCUCCGCCUGUUAUGAUUUGGGUUUGGCGGCUGAGCCAGGUGCCAGACUGGGGGGCACUGGAAAGAGCAUAGCUCGAGAUGGUACAGCAUGGCACGAGGCAUGCAGCCACGAUUAAGUGUACGGUUAGGGUGUUGCCUGCCCCACUUCACAAUGUUAAAUGGUCUAUAGG